UGACAAUGAGGCCAACUAUGCCACGAAACUCAUCACUCAGUUCGGUGGCAAGGAGAAGUGGGAAGGCUACUCCUUCUACACCUGGGAGUCUGCCAUCGAGAAGUGCGUCACUGUUGGCUAUUCCAUGAGCACGCAACCCGUUUUGGCCUUCGUGGGCGGUUUGGAGUUUGACCUUCUGCCAGCUCCCUUGGCAGACCUGGAGACCACGGUCUGCUGGCCCGACAAGCAGCCAAGUGGAGUGGAUCUCAGCGUCCUGCGGACCGUCAUCAAGUCCUCCGGAGUCCAGCUCUUCAGUCGCACCAUGCGCCUCACGAAGCGCUUCGGCACCGGCACGGACUUCACCGACGCCAACAUCCACACGGCCCACGAAACGUGGAGAAACCCUUUGGGGAAGGCCACGGGCACCCACGGCGCGGAGGACGACAGCUCCUUGCAGCCCAUGGACCGCACCGUGCAACCUGCACAGCUGGCGCAGGAAUCAACAGAAGAGGAGGGAGACUUCAGUAGCUUCAGGUGGUCCGAGGACGAGCUGCAGGUGGCUUCGAUGCUCUAUGACAGCUACCUGAACACGAAUCUGUCGGAGCACCUCCGUGAUGCCAAGGCCAGGGAACAUUUGGACCUCAUGCAGACGAACGGGGACUUCGAGCUCUUCAGCUUCAGAAAUCCGGGUUUGGUCUCCUUCAACAUCAAGGGCGUCUUGACCGCCACUGAUGACUUGCAGCUGCUCAUGCAAGUAAGCUUCGGGCCUUUCACCUCGCCACUCAAGCGCGUCACCUUGGUGAACAUCGUGAAUCAGUUUACUUCGGUGCUGACGUCUUUGCCCUUCGUGUCCGUGAACAGCCGGCUGAAGGCCAUCGAGGCUCUGCGCGGCUCCACUAAGUCAGCGGAGAGUCAGCAACUCCUGCCCCGAGUUCCGGAGGAGAAGCGGGUUUUGGUUUAG